CUCAUUACAUGAAGUAUAAACAUGGAUGAAAAGCAGAAAUUCAUUGUUUUACUUUGUAUACAAUUUAUGGAUUUCUUUCCUAAAAGUUUCUUUGUAACAGGUUUUCAAGAAAACACUUUCGCCAGCAACUCAAGUACAAUAAGCUGUGUCGGUAACACAACUAUCGCAAUCGUUGAUUUAAAUAGAGAACAGUUUACAACAUCAUGCACAGAAUACAAGCAGUGUAAUCUGACAGAAGAACAGGAAAAUAUCAUUAAAAAACAUUGUAAUAAGGCAAAAUCAUGCACCGUCUCUGCGCCUAUUCAUAAACGCUGCCUUUUCGAUGAUGAUGGACAUGCAUCCGUUUCAUAUUCAUGCACAGAAAUUGUAAACAAUAGCUGCACUUUCGAAAAUGAUGAUUGUGGUUGGCGCGUAAGUGGUUAUGAAAGAUACAAGUGGGCGAUAAGAAGUGGAAAAUCUCCUGAAUCAUCUACAGGACCAAACAGAGAUCAUACAACUGCGUCCGCAUCUGGUUAUUAUGCUUACACAGAAUCUCGAAUUGGAUCGAAUUCAAAUGACGAAAGUGAUUUUUUUACUGGUUUGAUAGUACCAAGUCCAAAACAGUGUUUGACAUUUUGGUAUCACAUGUUUGGGAAACAUAUCAACACCUUGAAAGUAUUUCAAUAUAAUAGUGAAUAUAACAUUAAACUGUGGAGCAAAUCUGAAAAUCAAAGGAACAAAUGGUAUUUUCAGUCGCUGUUAUUAAAAGAUUUAGGACCAUAUCGAAUUAAAUUUAAAGCAUUUCGCGGUGAUGGGAAAAAAAGUGAAAUUGCUAUUGACAGUAUUUUCAUUACCAAUACCGCCUGCAAGAAAGAUUCAGGAUUUAUUUGUAACUUUGAAGCAGAUAGUUAUAAAUGGAAUACAGAACUGACACCUGCUUGGACUAUUACAUUUGGCAGUUCUCCUUCUUAUUAUACUGGACCAAACUUUGAUCAUACCAGUGGUUUAUCUGGUGGACAUUACAUAUACCUUGCAAGCAAAGAUAUACAAACAGGAAGAAAAUCGAAGUUAUACAGUACGACUAUCAACCCUGACGGUCAUGUCUGUUUAACCUUCUGGUAUCAUAUGCAUGGAAAUAGUACGGGAACAUUAAAUGUUUACAUAAAAUCCGGAAACACCAACCAAAUGCAAUGGUCACAAUAUGGAAAUCAAGGCAACUCCUGGCAAUAUGCGUAUUUUGAUAUUUCUAAAGCAGAACCUUAUGUGAUUAUCUUUGAAGGGGUUCUCAAAGACGAUUAUAUGAGCUAUAUAGCUUUAGAUGAUAUAACUCUUGUUACACGUUCAUGCUCAGGUUCAAUUAAAUAUUCCCAGACAUGUCUUAAUACGAACAAACCGAUUUCGCUGCUUGAAUGUUCAAAAUAUUAUCUACAACUUGACAAGACAGAAUUAUCGUUUGAUCCAAAGGUUGACGACUGUUCAACAGUUUACCAGGAAGUCAAAACAUCAAUGAAGUCAAAAUGUCACGAUACCUACAAUUCAGACAUAUGCACCUUCAAUCUAUCUGAAGUAAUAAAGAAAGAUCCAAGAUGUUAUCAGUCAAACAGGCUACUGAUUGAGUAUCAAUGUGAUGACAGAGAGAAAAAUAAAUUGUCAGACGAUACACAGCAGAAGAACGCUUCCCCGAACAAAGGUUUAGUUGUUGGUUUGGUUGUAGCUAUCGUGUUGUUAGUGUGUGUUGCUGUAUUGAUUUUUUGUUUCAUCAGAAGACCUGUUGUGUGCAGAGUAACUAAAGAGAGCAAGAAAAACGCCAAUGACAAGGAUAGCAAUGUUGGCAAUCAAUGUACAACUUUACCCAUUGAUAAAGAAGGAAUAACUAUCGUUAAAUAUAGGGAUACUCACGGUGUUAAUCAGUUAUCAGUUAACGAUGAUUAUGAUAUCGAAAAUCAAAUGACGGAGACAAGAUUUAUUCAGGAGCCAAAACAAAAGACUGACCCAAAAAAAUCUUACAAGGUUUUGGAUAACAAAGAAAAGGGUUUUGAGGGAUCAAAGUCUUAUGAGCUUGUCUGUUCCAGUUCAAGUAAAAACAAACAACAGCUUAAAACAAAACAUGAUGACAUUUAUUGUUCAUCAGAAGAAGGAACCUAUGAUAUUUCAGGAUGUAAUCGUCACAAGGAAGCUGAUGGUAACAUUUAUAGUCAUACCGUUGAUGAUGUUUAUGAUUCAACGACCCAUAAACUCAAAAGAAAUGAUGAUGAUCAGGAAGACAAAUAUUAUCAUUUUGUUGGACAGAAAACAGAAGAUUUGUAUGAUACCUCAAUGCAGACAUAAUAUGAUAACUUACUGUUCUUUCCCAGCAAACACAAAAACAUCUUUAAAAUGUUUUUAAAAUGUUGUGUCUAAUGUCAUGAAAAUAUCACAAAAAAACGUGAGAAAAACAUUAAAUGUAUGGUAGAAUAUAUAUCGCUAAAACGUUUUCUAAUAUAUUUUCUAAAAUAUUUGCAUAAUAUAAUUAAAAUGUUGUAAAGAAAUAUCAUGAUAAUGUGAAAAACAAUGGCGUAUAAAACAUUUUGAUAAUCUUUUAAAAAAUAUUUUCUAGAAAUAUUUUCUGAACGUAUGAAAAAUAUCAUGAACAUCAAAUAAUGUUAUAAAAAUGUUUUUUGGAUGUUUUCUUGCAAGUGAGACUGUUAAGAAGAUGUUUUUGGUUGAUAUCUAGAUCAUAUCAAUAAAAAAAUGUCUGUACUUUUAA